GAAGACCGGAGUGUCCUUCCCGGAAGAGGCAAAGGGUUGGAUCGUCCUCAACUACAGCGGGAUGAGCGAGGAGCAGAGGGCGGUGGUCCUGGCCAGGACAGGCGGGGACCUCAAGCACGACUCCCUGACCCAGGCCAUGAGAUCGUGCUUCCCCGAAUACACGGUGCCCCGGAAGCGCGGCACGAUGGCCGCGCACUACCUCGAGACGGACGAGGACUACCAGUGGUGGGGCCAUGGGUACGAGACCGGCACGGCGGAGGAUGCCACGACCGGUGAGGGCGGAGACGCCCCGUUUCAGGAUGUGGAGAUGUUCCUGGCGGAGCACGGCCAGGAGGAGACGUCUCCUGACGUCGAGGUGUUCCCCGAGAGCGAGGUGGCCGAGGUCUUGGCGGCUACAUGGAAGGACCGUCGCCAGGAAUUGAACCGGCUGCAGCAUGCCGGCCGCGAGCUCCUCCAGCGCUGCGCCGACCUCGGCAGGAAUGGUGCAACACUUCGUGUGCCAUGCAAUCCAGAUCCCCCCGACCAUGUUGGAGCAGCUGAGAAGCCGACGCUCCUGGACUCAGGCUGCGGCAAGAGCGUCAUCGGCGAGGAUACGCUCAAGGCCUUCCGGAAGCUUUGGGCUGAGGCUGGCGUGGACCAGCCCGGUGAGAAGCCCGAGCUGAACACGUUCAGGUUCGGGAAUGGCGCCCAGGAGGUGUCCAACCGGCUGGUGGACAUGCCGGUGUCCCUGGCAGGACGCCGCGGCAUCGUCAAGGCGGCGGUUAUCAGUGGCCAGGCGCCACUCCUCCUUUCCCGACCGGCUCUAAAGACACUGGGAGCCAACAUGGACUUUGGCCGCGACGAGCUCGGCUUGUUCAAUGGCGACCAAGCGAUCCCGAUGAGCGUGAACGAGGCUGGCCAGUAUGUCAUCCCCGUGGCAGAUUUCAAUGCGCCGAUCUCCGCGGAACCUCAAGGCACGCCACCUGCCCUAGUGGAUGAUUGGGUGGUAGCUGAUGACGGUCUCAGUGUGACUAGGAUCCAUCAGAUUCCUAGAAGACAGGCGUUUACUCCAUGUGCUGAAGGGUGUCCUCUAGAUGUGCACCGUUUGUCCGGUUGCCGCCGGACGAUGAUGAGUCAUCGUCAUGAUGAGGCCCCUCUAGAGGUUGUUGAUGAUUGGAGAACUCAUGAUGAGCCUCACAGGGAACUGAGCACUCGCGCCUGGACCGGGCGAACUGUGUUUCAGGUGCAUCCGGAUCCUCCGGAACAAUCCCCUACUGAGGCCGAGGCCGAGACUGCCCCCGAUGGGCAAUGGACUCCGCAUCAAUGGAGACAGGUUCAGUCUGCCGCCAAGCGGGCCCGCCGUAAGGUUACCGGUUCUGUAGGGCAGGCGUCCCCGGACAAGGUGCAUGUGGUUGAGAUCUUCGGAGAGCCAAGGUAUACUCUCGAGUGCCUAACUAAGGGACUUAAGGGCGUAAGUGCAGAUCUGCUGACCGGCUGGGACCUCCGCCGGGCGGCCGACCGUGACCGACUUUUGGAACUAGUGGCUGCACAGAAGCCUGAGCUACUGGUGCUUGGGUCGCCAUGUUCCUGGCUAGGUGGUUGGUAUGAUGUAGAUCCGGUUCAUUCCGAUGAGAACACUAGGCGAGAGAAGGCUGUGCUUACCAAGCUGCUACUGAACUUCGCGGCCGAUGUGGCCAACUGCCAGCUAGCACAGGGCGGCCGGGUGUUUUUCUGCGAGUCUGCGACCUCCGCGGUCUGGGGGUUGUCCAAGUGGCAGCAGUUGUCCCGCCGGAUGUUCCAGAUCGACUUAGGGAAAUGCACAAGGGGAGGUCGCCACAGGCCAAUCAUGAUGAAAGGCCUUGUGUCUCAUCAGAACAUGACCUCGCUUGGCAAGCGAAGCUCAGGGGAGAUUGGAGAUUUAUCCUCGGGUAAGUUCGUAAAGUCGGUUCUGAGAACAGUGCGUGAGCUACCCCGUUUUGGGGCUUGCCUUGUCCAAGUGGGCUCGGACUUUGAUUGCUUCGUUGCCGGGAGAGUGGCUGAGCUGAACGAGCAGCGCCGCGAGCAAAUGCUGGCGAGCUUGCAGAAGCUUCAUGCUAAUCUUGGUCAUCCGCCAAAUCCCGUGCUAGUGCGUGUUCUCAAACAUGGUGGCGCUUCGCAAGCGGCCCUGGACUUGGCUCGAGAGUUGUCAUGUGAACUGUGUGCGGCACAGAAGCAGCCCAAGCCAGCCCCGCUGGCUCAGACACAUCGAGUCACUGAGUUUAACCGGCGUGUCGGUCUUGACGUCAAGUACUUGCCCGGAUGGCUCCCCAAUCAGAAGAUACCGACACUCAACAUUGUAGACUACGCCUCGUCCUUCCAAAUCAUGGUGCCCCUUCCGGGUCGCGAAACCGGCGAACUUCUUCGCCAGGCGUUCCAGGAGCGAUGGGUCUCCUGGGCGGGCAUUCCUCAUGAGAUUGUCGUUGACCCUGCGCAAACGAAUCUCAGCGAUGCGCUGACUGUUCCGCAGGAGUUGGCCGGGUCUGUUGUGACCUCUACUGCUGCUGAGGCUCACUGGCAAUUGGGGAAGGUAGAAGUUCAUGGUGGCUGGUUUAGCCGGGUUCUCCAGAAAGUCAUUGCUGAGUGCGCCCCGCAUGAUCGCCAGUCAUGGCUUGAAUGUGUUGUCGGUGCCCACUGCAAAAAUGAGCUGAUCCAAGUGUAUGGCAUGACCCCUGCUCAGUACGUUUUCGGUCGUAAUCCUAGGGUGCCCAGCAACUUGCUGGACGAGCCUCUUGAUGUGAUCCCCGCGACCGCUUCCUUGCACGAAGAUGCUGUCGCCAGGCGCGUGGCCAUUCGCCAGACGGCUCGCCAAGCCGUGGUGGCCCUGCAGGAUGACAAGGCUCUUCGGUUGAGCCUGGCCGCCAGGCCGAGGGUUCUUGAGCACCAUGCACCAGGGUCACUGGUAGCCUACUGGCGCACUCAGAAGAGCCAUGAGGGUACCAUCGAACGUGGUGGUCGGUGGUACGGUCCGGCGGUUGUGCUAGGCCUCAAACACCUCAUAGAUACCAAUGCUCUUUCCACCAAGCAGUACACUGACCUAGUACCCCUUGAUAGGCGUCUGUUGGAGCGCCGGCUUCCGAGGCUAUUGCCCCAGGAAAACAUCGCCGGAGCAGCUGCACCGACCAAGUGCUCUGCUACAGGAGUGAAACGCGAGGCUUCUGCUGAGCCUGCCGCUCGUGAGACCAGCCGCAGGGCUACCGAAAGCCCGUCUGAGGUAGAUGAAGCCAAAUCUGUUGAGUGGAACACGGUGCUUGGUAGAAACGCUACGCAAUGGCCGGAGACCUCCAGAGUCCCACCUUAUCCCAGGCUAGGGGAUAUCAAGGGUGCGUUUUUGUCUUCGGGCGAGCUGCCGGCCACAUACCGGCCUCUUUACGCACGUCUUCCUCCGGGCGGCAUUCCUGGAGUGCCGUCAGAUGCCUUGAUUGAGGUCCUAGGCGAGAAGUACGACCGUGCGAUAGAGGCGCUUCGCCAAAAAUUCGAGUUCCGGAAGUGGCGAAUCGGAGAUGGUGACUUCUGCGGAGCUCACUACCAGCAGGAUUCUGUGAGCUUUGACAUCACCAUGUCUCAAGAAGGCUUUGUUGAGAAGCUUCGCCCUCUCCGGCUCAGCCGAACUCGUCUUUUGCAGAAAGACUCGCCUUUGUCGACGGAUGAAAUUCGUUGUUUGCGUGCCAUCAAUGGUGGUCUGAACUGGCUGGCGACGCAAUCCCGGCCUGACUUGUCGACUCAAGUUUCGUUCUCCCAGCAAGCCUUUCCUGAACCACUGGUGUCAGAUGCCGUAGCUGCAAAUAACGCUGUCAGACGUGCCCGCCAGAAUGCUCAGCUACCAAUUGUGUUCCGUGCAGUGCAGCCUGAUCAAUUGGCCGUCAUGUGUCACAGUGAUGCUGCCUAUGCAAAUGGUCGUGAUGGGGCCACUCAAGCCGGGUUUCUAGUUAGUUUUACCCAUAAGGAGAUGAACAAUGGUGAAGUGCAGCAAUGGACACCGGCCUAUUGGCGUAGCUACAGACUCCCAAGGGUGGUGAAUUCCACUCUGAGCGCUGAGGCCCAGGCCAUGUCAUCUGCAACGGGCAUGCUCGAAUGGAUCCUCCUGCUGUUGUCUGAAGCUAUUGAUGGCCCAUGUAGUCUCCGCAAUUGUUGGCAGUAUGCAUCCCGACGUUGCAGCAUGGCCCUGACUGACUGCAAGUCCCUGUAUGACCAUCUGAACUCUAAGUCUUCCCCCACCUUAGAUGAUAAACGUACCGCCUUAGAUGUUGUCAUAGUCCGCGAAAGCCUGGGCCGAGUCCAAGCAAAUCUCCGUUGGAUCCCAACGGAUCGCAUGCUGGCCGAUGCAUUGACCAAGGAAACCGUUGAAGCAAUGGAUUUGCUAAGGGCGUGUCUCCGCACCGGCCAGUACCAGAUCAGUGAUGAGCAACAUAUCUUGGACUGGCGUGCCGAUGAGAAACAGCGGCGCAAAGAGCGUGCCGCCCUAUAG